AUGAAUCGGUUCCUACUUUCUUUUGCCAUUCUAUGGCUGGUCAGCAUUGUUUCUGCAGUACCAAAUGACUUGAUUGAUCUUCAUCCUGUUCCUCGUCAUCUCUGGGACACAGCUGCCUUCGCAAAGAGAGAUGAUGCUGGCAAUAGUGUGGCUUUGCAAGACCACGGAGAGUUUAUGUGGGCAUCCGGUAAAGAUGCCAACACCAUGGUCACUGCCGUCAGCAUGGUUGUCUAUUCCAAACAGGACGAGAAGAUCCUCGAUCUGGACAAGCUCGCCCUGGUCCUGGAGUCGGUCACCUGUGGCGAGAAGAUGGCCCUCAAGUUCAAAAACAAACUCUUCUACGCUGCUGCCAAGAUUGCCUGGGGCUGGGUCAACUUCAACGACCAGCGAAGCUUCGUCGUGGUCGCUAACUGGAAAGGAUGCGGCGACCCAAAGGCGCGCAACCCGUGGGUGGUCAGCAACGCCGCGUUCAACGACAAGACGGCGACCGUCACGCUCGACUCCGUCGAAAGCACUUGGCAGAAGAUCUCCAACUCUUACACCAUGGACUUUGGGGACAUCAUGCUCGGCGAUUCUGGCAAGGACAAACGCUGGCUGGACUUCGACCUGAGCAAGGCCUUUACCGUGGACCUGAGCUCGAAGUUUCCGUCCGAGAUUGCCAAUUGGACCCUGAACACACCCUACGUGGACGCUCACCUCGCAAUCACCUGCGACGACUGUGGCACCGAGGGCACUGUGAAGUUUGCUGGUCACAUUGAGGGCAGCGUGUUUGGCGGUCUCGAUAAGCUAGAGGUGUCGGCAACUCCGCACGGGGUCUCGGCGCAUGUCGGCGUGAGUCUCGAUUUCCACGGUGACGUCGACUUCGAGGGACUGCCGGCACCCGGUGAUGAGUUCACGCUACUGGAGCUGCCGUUGCCGAGCGGUUGGCGAGUCCCAGGCGUACUCACGUUUGGACCGAAUGUCAAGAUCAAUGCUGGGUACACAGUCGAGAGGAUCAUCGGAGACGCCCACGUGAGCACUGGAAUCACCGCAUCGAUUCCGGAUGACUCCGUUGCCAAGGUGGAUCUGGCCAGCAAGAAGAAGGUUGACAUCUCCGGUUGGAAGCCAAAGAUUGAGGCCGAUCCUCUGGAAGUGUCCGUGCAGAUUGACGCCACGGCGCACCUGUACACCGAGGUUGCAGUCGCGGCUAGCAUCGAAGUCUUGGAUGAGAAUGGUGUCAAUGUGGAGAUUGGGAUCAAAGUCCCCGAUAUCACUGUCACCGCGUCUGCAGGAUACAAUGUCGAAGGCUUCUGCAAGGCGGAGCCAGAAAAGCCGUUCGGCGUGAAGCUCGAUGCAAAGCUAGGCGCCAGCCUGGGCCUGCAGGGGUAUACCGAGCUCAAAGGCGAUAAGGACAUCUUCCUUGACCUCACCAUCUUUGAGACUCCUGCACUGUAUACCUUCCCACAGCUGUGUCUAGCUUUUGGUAAACAGUCGCCUGGAGCCUGUAUUCCCGAACAACACACUUUCGAUCCAAUCGAUUCAUUCCUUCCAGGUGGAGAUGACUCGGAUGAUGAAGAGGCUGAUGAAGAGGCCGACGUGUCCAAACGCUCGGUGACUUUCGUCAAACGUGAUGAAAGAAGCGCGAACGACAAUAGGGCACCCUAUUACUUGGACUGUGAUACCAAACAAGAUUUCUCCAUACGGGGUCAGAACUACCAGGGGCCGAGCAAGUUGAAGAAGAAACGGUAUAAUGUUCCUAUCAUGAAGCCCGGGAUGAGCUGCGCGGAGGCUGAGUCGGAGACGUGUCCCGCUAAACAAUGGACUAUUGACGCGCUUCCAGACGACGCGACUGAUAAUGACCGAGCUGUCGUGACGGAGAAAUGGGCAUCGGAGCAUAUAUACGAGGGGAACUGGAUCCGCGACUUCAUCGCGGAGGUAAUCAAGAGCUACCCUAAGCUACCAGAUGACGCGGACGUUCAAAAAGACAGGAAAGUGUGCAAGGGCGCCGUCGACACCUUUGGUCGCGCAUUGACCGCCAAAAUCGACACCCCGACACCGAAAGAUGCGGCCAAUUACUCCGAGGCGUUGAUGCAGAAUAUCGCGACGUCAUGGACCAGCCGACAAUUGAUGGCCGUCGUUCCGCAGAUCCAGAAUAGCAUGAAAUACGACAUGUUCCAAGGCAAUAACAUGAUCGGGGAUUUCGAGAAGAAGAAGUUGAACCAGCAGGUCUGCUCGCUCUCGCGUGCUGUCACUGUCUGCAUGUACAUGAACCACAAGAAGAUACGGGAGCGGAUGGUGAAGACGAUCGGCAGGAUCGAAGAAGUCUUGUGCGGCUGA